AUGGACCGGAGUUCGAAAUUACUUUUAGUGAAAAUAAUAAUAGACUUCACUUGUGUGGCUAUUGUUGGCUUCACGGUCCUCGGAUUCUACUUGUUCGGUCAACCCUAUCAGCGAGGAUUUUUUUGCAAUGAUGAAUCGCUUAUGCAUCCUUACAGAGAGUCGACGGUCACCAACACCAUGCUCUACAUCGUUGGAAUUUUUCUUCCUAUAUGUGUGAUACUUUGUGGUGAAUUUCUCUACGCUAAAAAUACCAGCGGACAGUCAUCGGUGGUAUUAUUUGGUCGAGUAAUACCUCGCUGGGUGGUAUUGGCCUAUCACAAGAUAGGGUCGUUUGCGUUUGGAGCGGUGGCUAAUGUAUUGACCACUGAUGUAGCCAAAUAUGCGAUUGGAAGACUACGCCCACAUUUUAUAGAACUCUGCAAGCCAAGUAUAAAUUGCAGCUUGCCGAUAAAUCAUCAUAAGUUUAUAGAGCACGAUCAAUUUACAUGCACUGCGUCAAACGUCACCAAGAGACUGUUGAAAGAACUGUAUUUACAAUUGAGAAUAACAUGGAAAGGUAGUGUGAUAUUCAAACACUUUGUUCAGCUCAUUCUUAUCUUGCUGGCAUGGGCAACGGCAAUGUCAAGGGUUUCCGACUACAAACAUCACUGGAGCGACGUUCUUGUGGGAAUGCUUAUCGGUGUAAUCGUUUCCUUGAUUACUGAGAGACGAGAAUCUGGGAUAACAAAUGCCGGUCACGGUGAUAAGUCGCGUGCAAUGGAGUACGAUGCUGAAACGGCAAUGCAGGAUGAAUCACGUCCAUUGAAAAACUUAGAAACUUCUUAUGGUGGAAUACAAAUCACUCAACAACAUAUAAUGAUAAUAUUCCGCAAUGUCAGAAUAAUAAAUGUAUUAAUUUUAUUGUGUACGUUGGUAUUAUUUAUUGUUUUUACGUUAAAAAUUAAGGAAGUUUAUUUUAUGUAUCAAAAAAAUAGUAGAUAUCACGAAUAUAAACAAGAUCUCGAAAAACUAUCACUGGAUUUUGAAAAAGCUGAAAAACGAGCCAAUAAGUCAGCAGACUACGUCCGCAAAAUAAGCGAAGUUAUUAUAAAAUAUGAAAGAGACUUGAAAAAUACCACAGCCUCUAUUUCGGAAGACUCUGAACAUUGUCAAAUGAUUGAAAAUGAUGGACGCCUUGAUGUAAUCCGUACAUACCAUUCUGGUGGCUCGGUAGACCGGUUAAUAUUGCCGACCGACUUGAAAACUCGAAGUCACAUCACGGGAUCUUUUGGAGUUGAAUUGAUGUCACAAGAUAAAUAA